AUGUUCGGUGACGUCGGCGCCGUCAGUGAGUCGACUCCAUUGCACACGUACCAGCCCAAGUACGGAGGAGGGGCAAGCUCAGCAGCGGCAGGGGAGACGUCAGAUUGGAAGGAAAAACAGACGGAUUACUACGCCAGCGAACCUCCUCCAGCGGACAAGUACCCGGAUAUAUACUCCAACGAACCUCUUUCUUCCGCUUCACUUUCUUCUCCUUUCUCUCUUCAGCCCAAGUACGGAGGAGGAGCAGGGACAGCAGCAGCAGGGGAGACGUCAGAUUGGAAGGAAAUACAGACGGAUUACUACUCUCUCUAUGCUGCUUCUUUCUAUUUCUCCCUCUUCUGCUUCUCUGUUCAGCCCAAGUACGGAGGAGGGGCGGGUUCAGCAGCGGCAGGGGAGACGUCAGAUUGGAAGGAGAAACAGACGGAUUACUACUCCAGCGAGCCUCCAGCGGACAAGUACCCGGAUAUCUACGCCAACGAACCUCCUGCCGACUAUCAAGGGGAUCUGGGUGCGAGUGCCAUCUCGCUAGAGGGCACGGUGCAAGUGGUGAAGGAAAACAUGUGGUACAUAGGCGAUGCUGCAUUGAAAAGCGUUGCAGAAGUGCUUUACGGGUUUGGAAUCAGCCCGACAAUACUCGGAUACACGGAGGAGGAGCUCUUAGAGGAGGACGACGAGGAGGAGUAUGACAUUGCACAGCCGGCGGUGCAGCGGGAUGAGGUGGUGGCCAAGACAUCGUUUUCAAUGCGCAGUGAGGAGAGCAUGCAGCGCCGCAAGACAGAAGAGCCGGCUGCACCAGUGGAUGAAGCAGAGGAAGUCUACAUGGAUCAAGGAAACGAUGGUUGGGGAGGUGAGGAAGACUACAUUGAGUUUGUGGAGGACAAGAAGGACAAGUAA